CAUUUGUGCGAGUUCUCUCACAUCUUCCUCCCCGAUGGUAGACAUGAGAGAUUCAACUACAGUGGCUCAAAUUGUGGAGAUUGUGAAGAUGGUCAUCAAGUUUCAUCCGCUAUUAACAGUAACUGGUCUUAUCUAUCGGGUAAUACUUCUACAAGAUUGGAUUGAAAAGGAGGUUAACAUUCAAUGGAAAGCUCUCAAUAUGUAUUGCCAAUCAACAAUGAGAGCUUUGCUAUAUCUUAUUACUGAGAAGAUGAAGAAUCUAUCAAAAGCCCUUCAAAUGCAUCUCAACAAUGAAGCAAUAAAGGGUCAACCGAAGGCCAAGCUAAUCGGUAAAAUAGCCCUAUUCUCUGCCACAUUUCUUAUGCUUGAUAUAGAGUUUAGUUCAAAAUAUGAUAAAAAAGGGACCAAAACGAAGUUAUUGUUGUUUAUUGGCCUUGACCUACUAAUAUCUUCAGAGCUUUGGUGCCAACUAGAAAUUUUUCAUGGAAAGUGCGGCUACAUGGCAAAUUCCACAUCAAACUUCACCUUCUUUAUUUUGGCAAUUGUUUUUCAAAAAUUUUAUGACAAUUCCUUGAGGAGCCUCAGUGUUGUGUUGUUCAUCGCAAUUUUCUUUUUAUGUCUACUGGUGGUAUUGCAACCACGGACAGAUCUCGGCUUGUUUAGUUUCAUCAUUGGGGUCAUGGGAUCCAUUACUUAUAACUGCUUCAAGUUCACAACUCCCACGUGGAUAGUUGCCUCCAUCUGUUUUGUGUUGUUUAGUUUUAAGAGCUGGUUAGAUAAGUACUGGUUGGAAUUGGAACAAGAUCAAUCACUGACCUCUGAAAAUACCCAAACUAGAAGCACUAGUGUGAUUUUGUCAGCAGGCAUCCGACUUGCGCAGGGAAGCUUUGUAGAUCUAUCCCAAAGAUACCCCACUGCCCUCUGAAAACACCAAAGGAGUUAGCAGUUCAAUUUUAACUAUUGUAAAUGUUGCACAAGGCAUGUUUUGGUUUGCUAUAAGCACAUCUCCCAUGGCAGAUUAUAAAGACUGGUUAUUUAU